AUGAGCCCUUCUUGGACACACUUGGUGCGCUUCAUCGCCGAAGAGGACAAUGAGGUACACCUUGGCCAGAUCGAUGCCACCCAGUAUCCCGAUGUUGGACUAGCGACACUGGAAGGCCAAAGAGUGAAAGCCAAGGUCGUGGUCGGGGAUGUAUUUGACGGGCGUGUCACGGAAGAUGUCUUGCACGUCAAACAUCUCCUAUCGCCCAUUACCGCCAACCAAGUACCAAUCAUUCGAUGCAUGGGACUCAACUACCGUGACCACGCCAAGGAAGCCAAUAUGCCCAUCCCUGAGGUCCCCGUCCUAUUUAUCAAGCCGAGGACAGCUUUGACGGGUCCCCAACCGUCUACUAUCAACAUCCCCAAGAUUUCUCAGGAUGGGUCGAGCGACUACGAGGCCGAGCUUUCUCUUGUUCUCUCAAAGUCUGGUCGCGACAUUUCAGAGGAAGAGGCCAUGGACUAUGUGCUUGGCUACACUUGCAGUAACGAUGUUAGCGCCCGGAAGCAGCAAUUUAAGAAUAGCCAGUGGAGCUUCUCGAAAGGUCUCGAUGGAUCUUGUCCCAUAGGGCCGGUGCUAGUUGCGAAGUCUGCCAUAAAAGACCCUCAUGCUUUGCAAAUCAAAGCCAUUUACAACGACCAGGUCGUCCAGGACUCCAACACGAAGGAAAUGAUCUUUACCAUCCCACAGAUGAUCUCGUUCCUUUCGCAAGGUACAACUUUGGAGAAGGGCACAAUCAUCAUGACGGGCACUGGCCCGGGUAUCGGUGUGAUGAGAGACCCGCCCAUCACGCUUCUUGAUGGGGAUGAUAUGAGGAUUGAGAUUUCCGAGAUUGGCACUCUUGUCAACCGUGUUCGGUACGAGUGA